AGAUAUUCUUACAUGCUAUGGUACGAGAUGCUCAUGGCCGAAAAAUGAGCAAAUCUUUAGGAAAUGUAAUUGAUCCUUUGGAUGUAAUAUAUGGAAUAUCGCUUGAAGAAUUGCAUAAACGGCUGGAGGAUGGAAAUUUGGAUUCAAAAGAAUUGUCUACAGCUAAAGCUGGUCAACGUCGUGAUUAUCCUCAAGGUAUUCCUGAAUGUGGAACAGAUGCACUUCGAUUUGCGUUAAUGGCAUAUACAACACAAGAUCGUGCUAUCAAUUUGGAUGUUCUUCGCGUGCGUGGUUAUCGAUUCUUUUGUAAUAAAAUAUGGCAAGGUGUUCGCUUUGUUUUUUCUCAAUUGGGCAAUAAUUUGAAUGAAUAUAAACCUGAAGCAGACUUUAAGCGUUAUUUUGACAUUGAAACGAUGACUGAUAGAUGGAUACUCUCUCGUCUUGGAAAAUGUGUUGCUGACUGCAAUUCAGGAUUUAGCAAAUAUAAUUUUCGACAAUUAACAACAGCACUUUAUCAAUUUUGGUAUUAUGAGUUUUGUGAUGUUUAUUUGGAAUCAUCAAAGCCUAUAUUUUUUGCAGGAAAUCAAGCCGUAGAAAAUGGUUGUUCUAAUAAUAAACAAAUAGAAAUUGUACGUCAUAUUUUGUAUCAUUGUGUUGAUACUUUUCUUCGAUUAGCUUCACCAAUAAUGCCAUUUAUUACUGAAGAACUUUGGCAACGAUUACCAAAAAGGCAAAAUGAAAUGGCAAAAAGUAUUUGUGUUGCAGCAUAUCCAGAACCAGAGCAGUAUUCUUUUCAUGAUGAGGAAGCUGAAUCUAACGCCGAAUUAAUAAGAAAAAUCGCACUGGCUAAAGCGAAGGGUUCAUCGACGACAAAAGAUUCAUCAGAACAAUGUUCAGAAAUGAUGAAUGAUGUUGAAAAAAAUAAUUGUACAACAUAA